CCUCUCCCUACUAUCCCGUCUCGUGUACUCUAUCGCAAUGGCAAAGACCGCCUCCGAAACGACCACCAAAGCGGCAACGCGCCGUUCCAACGCCAAAAGCACUCGCUCGUCGGAGCCCGGCACCAAGCCCAAGCGGGCUCCGUCUGCAUACAACUUGUUCGUGCAAGCCAACAUGAAGCCUUGGUUGGAGGCGAACCAGGGCAAGUCCGUCAAGGAGGCGAUGGCGCAGAUCGGGAGCAUGUGGAAAGACGCGCCCGAAAACCCCAACAGAGGCAAGGAGCCCAAGCCAAGAAAGCCAAAGGCGACCAAAGCCCCGAAGAAGAAAAAGGUAGUGGAAGAGGAGGAGGAGCAGGAGGAGCGAGAGGAGGAGGCCGAAGGCCCACAAGUAGAGCCGAGCAGCGACGACUGAGCUGCUUGUUCUCAUCUUGGAUCGUCGGCGGACUGUGUGUCUGUGCUGCCCCCUCUAUGUAUGCGUUUUUAUUCCGGUGUCGACGUUCCCUCGCGGGGUUAAAUGUAUGUAUAGUACUACUGUGCCUCUAUUCGGUUUAAUGUGGCAUAUCGUUGCCAUUUCUUGUC